UUUAUAAUUCUAACCUUAAAAGCUGGGGUGUUUGACAUUUUAAAUUUCUUGUCAUUUAAAAAAUUCAAACGACGUAGAUAUUUUUCAUCGAGAACUAUUAUAUAGUACGUUAUGUUUAAAAAAGACCUUUAAAUUCAAUUUAAAAAUACGCGAUAUUUUUCGUCCUACGCCGAGCUUUUCCUAUUUUCCAAUGUGGUUCUGUAUUGGUGGAUAAUUAAACAUAUCCGUCAAUCAUAAAAAAAAUUAUUUCGUAUCAAUAAAUAAUUAUAGAGAAAAAUUGUAUAUAAAAAAUGGAGGAAUACACAAGGGAACCUUGCCCUUGGAGAAUCGUGGACGACUGUGGAGGUGCUUUUACAAUGGGUUUAAUCGGGGGAGGUGUUUUUCAAAGUAUAAAAGGAUUCCGUAAUGCUCCUUCAGGAAUAAAUAAAAGACUUAUCGGUAGCUUAACUGCUAUAAGACAGAGAUCCCCGAUAAUCGCUGGUAAUUUCGCCGUUUGGGGAGGUAUGUUCUCUUCAAUAGAUUGCGCUUUAAUCCAAGUUAGAAAGAAGGAAGAUCCUUGGAAUUCGAUAAUAAGUGGGGCGGCGACAGGAGGAAUUCUGGCCGCCCGGAACGGUCUUCCGGCUAUGGCGGGCAGCGCUUUCAUAGGGGGAGUACUUUUAGCUCUAAUAGAAGGUAUCGGUAUAUUAUUUACCAGACUUACUGCUGAACAGUAUCAACCACAGUUACCACCCAUGGAAGAUCCAUCCGUAUUGGGUGAUCAACAGUCGGGAAAUCCGGGAAGUUAUUCUUUUCAAUAGGGUUUCUUGUUAGUUUGUUGAUUAGUUGUAAAUUUAUUUCUUAUUUAAAUAAAAAAAAUACCGAAGCAA